GCAGUCCAACACGUGCGUGUGUAUGCUUGGCGGUGUGGGUCCUGUUGUUAUAAAUAUACUAGUGGCAAACAAAUUAAUUAACUAAAUAUAUAAUGCGUCAAAAUACACCUCCACAUCGUCCAGAUUUCGAUGACGACGAUGACGAUAUUAUUGAGGAAAUUGAACUGGAUGGCGACCCACCACUUGACGAUGACGAGCUGGAAAUGGAAGAGGUGACUUUGGCGGAACUGGAAGCUCGCUUGGGAUUGCACGGCUCUGACGAUUCCAUGGAUAACGAUGGGGAUGAGGACGAGAUCAGAGAUCGUGAACGCAUUGCCGCUAUCCGAGAUGAUGCAGUCUUCACCUUUGAGAAGCACACGGCGCCCGUCUUCGGAUGCAAUCUACACUCAAAGUUUGACUGGGCGGUGACGGGAAGCGAAGAUGACACCGCAUAUGUGUGGAAUAUUAAGAGUGGCGAGGUUCUGUUCGAGAUCAAGGAACACAAGGACACCGUUACCGAAGCACAUUUCAGCCACGACGGCAGCUACUUGGCCACCGGCGACCUAUCCGGCGAACUGCUGGUGUACAAGGUGACCGAGCAGCCGGACGAGCGACCCAUCUUGACUAAGAUCUGGGAGUACUCCAUGUUCGACAUGGCUUGGAUGUUCUGGCACCGUGCUGCCAAUGUCCUGCUCGCCGGUGGCGACAGUGGCGAGGUCUACGUGUGGCGUAUUCCCAGCGGAGAGUGCAAAAUAUUACCCGGACAGUCAUCGCGUUGCGAGGCAGGCGAACUCAGCAAUGAUGGCAAGAAACUGUUCACAGUCUACAUGAAUGGCGUUAUCAAGUUGUGGGACCUUAAGACAGCUCAAGUAAUCAUGGAGGUGAACGAGGAGCAUCCGCUCACCUUGGGUGAAAUUACACAUGCGGUGGUCGCCUGUGAACCCGACUCUCCAUUCUAUUUGUGCGCCGAAGGCAAUGGCAAGCUAGUAUUCUGCACCAACAACGGACCCGUUAAUGUUGUAGAGUCGGAGCACGGAAUCGAGUGCAUUGCGUUUGCUCCCACAUCAUCGGAACUAAAACUAGUGGCAUGUGGCUCUCUGGACGGUGAGAUAUCCAUAUGGGACUAUGCCAAGUAUGCUCUACGCACAGUUUGCGAGAGUCCGUUACCAAAUGAUGGAGUACUACGUCUCAAGUGGCUAAACGAUUAUACUUUGCUUGCUGCCACCGUACGGGGAAAUCUGAAUGCAUUCGAUGCACGUUCCGGAGCCCUUAAAUUCACACUCACUGGACACCAUUAUCACAUAUAUGAAUUUGUAUACAAGCCACAGGAAAAUUUAUUGUUGACCGUUUCAGAGGAUAACACAGCAAAGAUAUUUAAUGUCCCACCUCUGGGCGAAUAAAUGUUAGUUUAAUAGAAUAAAAAUACGAUACGUAUUUGAACAAUAUUCAAUAAUUAAAUGGUUACUGUAUAUACAUAAAUAUAUGUAUGCAUUUAUGUAUAAAAGGCAGAUGCCCUCGAA